GUGUUAUAAGACAUUUUAUAGCAUCCGUGAUCCUUAAGAAAGCCUCAAUAUUUAUGGCACAGGCUCUUGGCCAGCACUUAUAAAUGAUGAUACUGCACCGUCUAACACUUAUAGAUUUCAAAUAGUUGAAUGCUUUUCUUUUGACUCUCAAAUUGCACUAAAUAACACUCGUACUAUAUUUCCAUCCCAUUAGAAAAUCGAAAAGAUGAAGUUCCUUACGUCGUUGGUGUUGCUCGCCGGGGCAGUAUUUGCACUUCCCGCCCCCAGUCAGCCCGAGUGGUUAGCCCCGAUACGUGAGCCGGUUGACGGGGCAGUGGGAAAUCGAUGGUUAGUCAUGCUCAAGCAAAACCACACCCUGGAGGAGCACUUCAAGACUAUCGGGGUCGACCUUUCCAAGGAGACCGAGGAUCACUUCAAAUAUUUCAAACUCAUAAACACCUACGGCAUCACUCUGCCUGACCGAAAGAUUCUCGAAGAUAAGAUUCGACAUGAUCCGGGCGUUAAAGCUAUUGAAGCGAGUCAAACUGUAACGGCAUAUGACAAGGACGACAAAAAGAAAACCUCGUACAACACCAUCUCAAUAUGAGCCACUUGACGUAAAAUAGCUAGUUAACUGUUGCCUUAUCUUUUCUUAG